GAUUACCUGUAACUAAGGUGACGUCUCUCACUUGGACUCUCCCUAAAAAACAAAAUCCUGAACCCCACCCUCCCCGAGCACUCGGUCCAGACUCUCCGGUUUAUCCAAAUACACGCUCGUAAUCCAGAGAGGGGAGGCAAAACUUUAUGGGAAAUGUAUUCAUAAGUAGGGAGGAGUGUACUCUGUGUGUGUGUGUGUGUGUGUGUGUGUGUGAGUGUGUGUGUGUGUGUGUGUGUGUGUGUGUGUGUGUGUGUGUGUGUGUGUGUGUGUGUGUGAGUGUGUGUGUCUGUGUGUGUGUGUGUGUGUGUGUGUGUGAGUGUGUGUGUGUGUGUGUCUGUGUGUGUGUGUGAGUGUGUGUGUGUCUGUGUGUGUGUGUGUGUGUGUGUGUGUGUGUGUGUGUGUGUGUGUGUGUGUGUGUGUGUGUGUGUGUCUGUGUGUGUGUGUGUGUGUCUGUGUGUGUGUGUGUGUGUGUGUGUGUGAGUGUGUGUGUGUGUGUGUCUGUGUGUGUGUGUGAGUGUGUGUGUGUCUGUGUGUGUGUGUGUGUGUGUGUGUGUGUGUGUGUGUGUGUGUGUGUGUGUGUGUGUGUGUGUGUGUCUGUGUCUGUGUGUGUGUGUGCCGCUUCACCUCCAGGUGUGAGAGCCCCACCUAUACUCUGAGGGAGGGGCAGACAGGAGGGGGGGGGGGGGGUGCAGGUUUCUCUGCUUUUGCUCGACCUGUUGAUGCAAAGUGGAAUCAUUCAUCAGACACUUGUCUCCGUCUUCUUCUGCUCUUGAUUUCACCUCGACGGGCACAAACAUGGACGCGUCUUCAGGAUAAGAGGAGCUCGUAAAGUCGACGCUAAAGCUCCAGGAAGAAGAUCUGUGGCAACUUGAAGUUUAGACUUUUAGGAGUUAAAGAUCCAGACUCGUUUCCUGAAGGAGAGACGGGGAAACGACCUUCAACAUCAAAGGAAAACUAAAGAAAGAGCGUCUUGAGUCUCCGUGUGGAUAAAAGAAUAAUGUCUCAGAACAGGCCCCUCCUCCCCGUCCUCGCCCUCCUCCUCCUCUGCGUCCCUCUCUUGUGUCUCAGUCAGACCGCCAACAGCAGCUCAGCCAACGCCACAACAAACGCGCCGACCGCUGCAGCUCCGUCCUCAAAUGUAACGUCUCUGAACGGCGUGCCGGGCUGCAGGUCGGGACUGAACGCCAUCUACAGGUUCCUGUGUGACCGCCGGGCGGCGUGGGGCAUCGUCCUGGAGACCCUGGCGUCCGCAGGCUUCGUGUUCAGCAUGUGCCUCCUGGUCGGCCUGCUGGUCUGGUCGCUCUGGAUCUGCCUUUCAUCGAGGCAGCAGAACAGCAACAGCAGCAGUAUCGGCGGCACGGUGGCGUGCAUGUCCAUGUUCCUGCUGGCCACGGCCGGGAUCUUCGCCAUCACCUUCUCCUUCAUCAUCCGCCUCACGCCUCAGACCUGCCCCACACGCCUCUUCCUCUUCGCCGUGCUCUUCUCGCUGGCCUUCUCCUGCCUGCUCGCUCGCUGCCUCGCUCUGCUGGGCUUCGGCGCCGCCCGUGGUUGGGGGGAGCCUGGCGUGGCGCUGGGGCUCUUCAUGGUGCAGGUCAUCAUCUGCACGGAGUGGCUGAUCCUCGUGCUGCUGCGGGAGAGGAAGCCGUGUGCGUACAGCCAGGACGAGUUCGUCAUGCUGCAGAUCUACGUGAUGUGCCUCCUCGCCAUCAGCCUCAUCCUGUCCUUGCGCUUCCUGUGCCGCUCCUGCUUCACCUACAGCUACAGCUACAACGGCCCCGCCCACCAGCACUGGAGGGUGCACGCCGCGCUCCUCUUCCUCACCUUGAUGCUCUCCACCUGCAUCUGGGUGGUGUGGAUCACCAUGCUCACCUGGGGGAACCCCGAGGUGGACCGGCGGCCACAGUGGGACGACCCGGUGCUGUCCAUCGCCCUGGUGGCGAACGGGUGGGUGCUGCUGAUGGGGCACGGGUUGUCGCAGGUCGCCUUCCUCUGCAGGGGCGAGGCCAAGUCCAAAGACGCCCCCCUGAGCUUCGCCGGCUGGACCAGCCCCAGCGCCGACAUCCCGGGACUGAACAGCCCGACGGCGGGGAAGGACAACGGAAGCUUUGAGAACGAGAGCGAGAACAGAAGAGGCCCCAGAGCUCAGCCGUCUCUGCGAUCGCCCUACGAGUCUGGAUUCUCCAUGUCGGAAAUCGACCCUGUCAAGGAUUACACCAUCCCCCGCCCUCAGACCACCACCUACCAGGAGCCUUAUGAUGAAUAUUACGAUCAGGAUUAAUCUCACUUUGUCACACGUGAACUCCUUCAAACGAGAACUGAAGCUGCGGGCGACGCCCCCCGGCUCGUGCACUAACCUGCACCCUGCUUUAAUCGCUGUUUUGUAAAUGUUUGCCUUUAGUGUUCAAAGAAACGUCACAUGUCGUCACCUGGAUGUUUAAAGCUUGUGUCCCCAAAAAGGAAAAGAAAGAGAGCGUGUCUAUGACUCAUCGUGGUCGAGGCGCGGCGGCUUCACAGCGGCUUCACAGUGGCUUCAGAGCGGCGUCCGCCUUUCCUUUAGGCGGGAAAAUCUCCAAACAAAAGCAAAGUGGAAGUGUGAUCGUACAACAUGUCUGAAAUCACCCUGAGGGGGAAGAAGAGGCGGGAAAGUGCCAAACUGCUGAGCAGAAAUAAAGUGUCUGUGAGGAGGAGGAGGAGGAGGAAGAGGAGGGGGAGGAAGAGGAGGAGGAGGAAGA